GUCUGUUGAAUGAGUGCUUACGAAGCGGUGUUCCCCACAGGCCUGUGAAAAGAACGACAGAGCGGCGACUACCUGUUGCACAGACGACGUGCGCCAACUUGCAAUAGCCUCUCCUCUCACUCUCCCUCGCGCCGAGCCCUCGCCAUGUCGGACAUCCCGGACAACGCCCCCGCGCCUCGCCUGUGCGUCGUGACCAAGUGGCCCGACUUCGAGGGCUACGGCUUCAACCUGCACGCCGAGAAGUCCAAGCCGGGCCAGUACAUCGGCAAGGUGGACGCCGCGUCGCCCGCAGAGGUGGCCGGCCUGCUCGAGGGCGACCGCAUCGUCGAGGUCAACGGCGUCAACAUCGCCAACGAAAACCACAAGCAGGUGGUGCAGCGCAUCAAGGCGGUGAGCAACGAGACGCGCCUGCUGGUGCUCGACCCCGAGGCCGACAAGUACUACAAGGCCAAGAACAUCGUGGUCCGCGGCACGCAGAGCAACGUGGUCACCAAGUCUUCGGUUCGAGCCCCGCCGUCCCCGCCGACGCCCGAGCCGCCCGCGACCAACGGCCACCACCAGGACGACGCCGACGCCCGCUCCGUCAGCUCGGCCGCGUCCUCGUCCGCCGCCAGCGAGGCCUCCACGCAGCCGCAGCCGGCGCCCGUGCCCGAGGAGAGCGCCCGGGACGCCGCCCCCGAGGACGAAGGAGAGGCCGCCGCGGCGCCUCUGGACUCCCCCCCUUCUCCCUUACCCGAGGAGGACGACGCCAGCUCUCGGGAGGGGGAGGCCGAGGAGCAUCCCGAGGAGGAGCUCCGCGAGUCCUCCCUCGAGGGCGACUCCCUCCCUCCCGAGAGCGAGCUGGCCUCCUCCGAGGCGGCCGCGACGCCGAGCGAGGAAGGCGCGCACGAGGAGGCGGAGGCGGACGCCAAGUCCUCGAGGUCGUCUUCGCCCGAGCCUGAGGCUGAGCCCGAGCCCGAGGUCAAAUCUGAGGUCGAACCCGAACCUGAGGUCGAACCUGAGCCCGAGGUCGAGCCCGAGCCAGUGGCCGAGGCUGACGCCGAGUCUGACCUCGAGGCCGAGUACGACAACGUGCUGCUAGCGGGCGGCCAGGGCCUGGUGGCGGCGAGCGCGGAGCCCGCCGCCGCCGCCGCCGCCGCCUCCCACUCGCGCCGCUCCUCGUCGGCGUCGUCGUCGGCCGCCUCGCACUCCUCCCGUGGCUCCGACGCCGCCCACACUGACCACUCCACACAGAGUCCCAUGAGCACCUCUCCCACGCCGCCGCCAUCGCUGGACAACACCUCCUCCAACACCGCCAAGAGCACGCCCACGCCCACGCCGGACCCCACGCCCACGCCCACCAAAGCCGCCACCACCACCACCUCUUCCUCCUCUCCUGCGAGCACCCCCGCCCCCACGCCGGCUCCGUCCGUGGCCUCGAACAAUGCCUACAACUCGAGCGGCCUGAACCUGAACAUGUCUGCGGCCGAGAUGCGGGCGAUGCUGGCCCGCAAGAAGAAGGCCGACCCCCGUAAGGACACUCUAGACCUGCGGAAAAAAUACGAGAUCAUCCAGAACAUGUAGGAGACAUGUCGCCGCCGGCCCUCCUCCACGGCGCCUUUCCCCGUUUUCUGUCCCCGGUCUUUCGUUCUUUCUGCCUCCCUCUUUCUUAGCAAAGAGGAGGAGGAAGGAAGGAUGGAAGGAUAAAUGGGAAUGGGGUGAGAGGAGGAGUGCUAUUUGGGUUAUUUUCCCCCGUUUUCCCCAUUUUUUUUUUGCAUGGAGCUGUCGAGACAAUCUGUUUGGCGAAAACGGGAUGUCGGGAAGUAGCGGGCUUCCCCCUUCCUCUGUUUUUUCUCCUUUUUUUAAUCUCUUUUAUUGAUUUACAUUUUCAUUCGUCCAAUCUCUCUUUCGCCCUUUUACCCUCUUUUUCUCCCCCAACAUACCUUGGUUGUUACAAGAUGGACAUGGGAUUUAUGUAAAUAAGAAAAAAAGUAAAGUAUUCCAUUGCGUCUUGUAAGUAGAUAGAAAAACGACGCUUCUACCCGAGCCGAGGCCGUCCCGUCUGAGCCGCGCCGCCGGGUCCUUGACAGUCCUUCUCAAUCCCUGUCUUGUUAUUUUUGUCUGAGCGCAAUCACCCAGCCGUAAAGCCAGCGCACUGGAGGUAUUUUUUUUAGAAAGGAGAGAGUAUUUUUCCCGAGUUAAGAGAUUCAUUACGGAUAUGCCCUGUGAGUUUUCUUUUUCCGUUUUCUAUGAAAUGGAAUUUCAGGGUUAACUUGCGUAGAUUUAAAAAAGGACUGCAUUUUGAGGUGUUUUUUUUAUCUUUUGUGUGAUGGUGGUGUUGGGAUGAUUUAGUGCCAUCACUCGCAGAGCACAGUCAUGUCGACUGGAAGGUGAUGGCAGCAGACAAAAAAAGGUUUACAGAGAAUAACUAUUUAGUAGUUUCAUGAUGGCGACGAUAACCAUUGCUGAGAAAGGUUUUAAAAUUUAGAAAUUGCAAUUUUCCGAUUUGCUCCACAACUGCCUUCGCCUUUGUCAGCGGAGUUGUCUGAACGCCAUGGAUAAUUUCUAUUAUGUAUAUUUGUAAGUGAAUCAUGUAGUUAAGAGUUGUUAUAAAUGAGUGCUUCUGUGAUGAGAAAAGGGGUGUUAAUUGUGCAGUCGCAGGAUCCUCUGGAGAGACGCCAUCUUGGACGCCCUUCCGGGUCCUCGGCGCCCAAGCCAGAGGGCCGGAGAAGGCUUCCCGAGGCUCCUGCGGGGGAGUGCCUGAUUUGUAUUUUCCUUUUUCCGAUGAGGUCACUGAGGAACUGGAAGAAGAAGAAAAAAAAACAUGAAAAAAGAAAAUAUAUAUAUAUAGAAAAGCCACGUGUUUCAUGACGUGGCUUUCAUCCGUGUCAGGGGAUUUGUGUCUUGGUCGUUGACUUUCGCGACCGCCUGUUUUCCCUGGUGAUUGGCAAGGGACCAGUGAAUUUCGUAGGACAGUGUUCAGCUACGGCGACAUUCCAAGUAGGCCUAGAAUUUAGUUUCCUCUUUGCCUCUCUGGCUCCCAACUUCCUUCCCUUCUUGGUUAACGCGUCUGUUUCUACUCCUCAUUCUUGUUCUUCUCCUCCUCGUUGUUAUUGCUGCUUUCACUGCUGUUUGAAAUUCGCUGAAGGUCAGAGCGAGGAAGAAAAACAUAGCGCGUUUGAAAACAUCUUUUUUUUUUUUCAAACCGUUAAAAGAGAACUCACGUGCACGUUAGCAUGUUGUGUUCGUGUCAAGUUAGUUAUGCGAGAGGGACUUCUCGACUAUAGUGUUUAAAAUAGUUUUUCAUGGACGAUGUCUUAUCACAUCUCUCUCCCCUUUGAGACGAGGCCGUCUCUGUCCUGUCUCUGCAGGACUGAAGAGGCCAGAGUGACCUACUAAAAGAAAUUCAGUGAAUGAAAACAGUGAAGUAGCUGCUCUCUCUCUCUCUCUCUCUCUCUCUCUCUCUCUCUCUCUCUCUCUCUCUCUCUCUCAAUCAUAAUUCUGUCAAAUCUUUUGAUUUUCCCUUCUCCCCUCUUUAUCAUUCUGGAGAUUUUCAAGGAUACAUUAACGAGUUGAUUAUUUUGUGUCAAUGUGCAAGGUUUUCAGAUUCUAUAUAUAUUAUAUGUAUAAUGUAUAAAUAGCACAUGCUCGUAAGCCCUGUUUGUAUUUACAUUUGUAGUCCCUACUCAUGUGAUAUGUGACCAGUAUAUUGUACCAAUAAAGUAAUAAUUCA